AGCGCGGCGGCGGCGGCUCCCUGGUGUCAGCCCGCGGGCAGUGACGGCGAGCUGAGGCAGAGAAAGGGCGCGGAGCUGCGAACGGGUGAGUCAGGCACCCCCUACGCGAUAAAGGGAGCGGCCCCGCUGCCUAGUGCGGAGUUAAGUAGGUGCGGCCCCUGCUGCGCGCUGUACCGUCGUUGCGACAGCGAUAGCAGGGUGAGUGAGGAGGAGCCAGAGCCCGCUCCUAGCCUAACCCGUGCUCGCCCUCAGCUCCCGCCGCCAUCUCCACCAUGCAGUCCCGGGAAGACGCCCCCCGCUCUCGCCGCCUCGCCAGUCCCCGUGGUGGGAAACGGCCCAAGAGGAUCCACAAGCCCACGGUGUCUGCUUUUUUCACGGGCCCAGAGGAGCUGAAGGACACGGCCCAUUCUGCAGCCCUGCUGGCACAGCUCAAGUCCUUCUAUGACUCUCGGCUGCUGUGUGAUGUGACCAUCGAGGUGGUGACGCCCGGCAGUGGGCCUGGCACAGGCCGCCUUUUUUCCUGCAACCGUAACGUGCUGGCUGCCGCAUGUCCCUACUUCAAGAGCAUGUUCACGGGCGGCAUGUACGAGAGCCAGCAGGCCAAUGUGACCAUGCACGAUGUGGAUGCCGAGUCCUUCGAGGUGUUGGUCGAGUACUGCUACACAGGUCGCGUGUCCCUGAGUGAGGCCAACGUGGAGCGCCUUUACGCCGCCUCCGACAUGUUACAGCUGGAGUAUGUGCGGGAGGCCUGUGCCUCCUUCCUGGCCCGCCGCCUUGACCUGGCUAACUGCACCGCCAUCCUCAAGUUCGCUGAUGCCUUCGACCAUCACAAGCUGCGAUCCCAGGCGCAGUCCUUCAUAGCCCACAACUUCAAACAGCUCAGCCGCAUGGGUUCAGUCCAGGAGGAGACUCUGGCAGAUCUGACCCUGGCCCAGCUGCAGGCUGUUUUGCGCCUGGAUAGUCUAGAUAUCGAGAGUGAGCGGACAGUGUGUCACGUUGCGGUGCAGUGGUUGGAGGCGGCUCCCAAGGAGCGGGGUCCCAGCGCUGCAGAAGUCUUCAAGUGUGUCCGCUGGACACAUUUCACUGAUCAAGAUCAGGAUUACCUGGAAGGGCUGUUGACGAAGCCCAUUGUGAAGAAGUACUGUCUUGACCUUAUUGAAGGGGCCCUGCAGAUGAGAUAUGGUGACAUGUUAUACAAGUCUGUGGUGCCAAAGCCAGACAGCAGCAGCAGCAGCUCUGUUGUAUCCACAGCAGAAAAUCCACCCCAGAGGCUGGGUAUGUGUGCCAAGGAGAUGGUGAUCUUCUUUGGACAUCUUCGAGAUCCUUUUCUCUGCUAUGACCCAUACUCUGGGGACAUUUACACAAUGCCAUCACCUUUGGCCAGCUUGGCUCACACUAAAACGAUCACCUCCUCAGCUGUCUGUGUUUCUCCAGACCAUGACAUUUAUCUAGCUGCCCAGCCCAGGAAACACCUCUGGGUGUAUAAACCAGCUCAGAAUAGUUGGCAGCAACUUGCAGAUCGCUUGCUCUGUCGUGAAGGCAUGGAUGUGGCCUAUCUCAAUGGCUACAUUUACAUCUUGGGUGGGCGAGACCCAAUUACUGGAAUUAAGUUGAAGGAAGUGGAAUGCUACAGUGUUCAGAGGAACCAGUGGGCACUGGUGGCUCCUGUACCCCAUUCCUUCUAUUCCUUUGAACUAAUAGUGGUUCAGAACUACCUUUAUGCUGUGAACAGUAAGCGCAUGCUCUGCUAUGAUCCUAGCCACAAUAUGUGGUUGAACUGUGCUUCUCUUAAACGUAGUGACUUUCAGGAAGCCUGUGUCUUCAAUGAUGAGAUCUAUUGUAUCUGUGACAUCCCGGUCAUGAAGGUCUAUAACCCAGCCAGGGGAGAAUGGCGGAGGAUUAGUAAUAUUCCCUUGUUCUCAGAGAUCCACAACUAUCAGAUUGUCAGUCAUGGCCAAAAGUUGCUCCUCAUCACUUCUACCACUCCACAGUGGAAAAAAAACCGGGUGACUGUGUAUGAAUAUGAUACUAGGGAAGACCAGUGGAUUAAUAUAGGUACCAUGUUAGGUCUUCUGCAGUUCGACUCUGGCUUUAUUUGCCUCUGUGCUCGUGUUUAUCCUUCUUGCCUUGAACCUGGUCAGAGUUUCAUCACUGAGGAAGAUGAUGCACGAAGUGAGUCUAGUAAUGAUUGGGACUUAGAUGGAUUCAGUGAGCUGGACUCUGAGUCAGGAAGUUCAAGUUCUUUUUCUGAUGAUGAAGUCUGGGUGCAGGUUGCACCUCAGCGAAAUGCACAGGGUCAGCAGGGUUCUUUGUAAAUAUUUUGAAUCACUAAGAUGUUUCUACUGCUAUGUAAUGUAUUUAAAAAAAUAUUCUUUUCCUAAAAAAAAAAUUGAUUAGGACCGCAGAUUUGGUUUAGAAAGGCUAAUGUUUGAAUUACUAAUGUUAAAAAUUUUAAACAGUCCAUGAAUCAACCUAUAUAAUAAUUUACUAUGUUAAAAGUCAAGAUUAAAAUAUGCAAAAAAAGAACUAUGUAAUUCAUUAGAAUGCUUGGUGGUUUUUUUCAUUGUUCAAAUAUUCAUUGCACCAGUGAAUUGUAUUAAUUAGUUGCACUGUUUACAUUUUGGUUACCUAAUAUAGCCUUUUGUUAACUUUAAUUCUAUUUAGUGCCUGCCGUAAGGAAUUUAACUUUUUAAUUUUUAGAAUAGAAAAUUAGACUAGAAACAUGAUAGGGUUUUGAAGAUUUAUAUUUUCCUUCAGAAUAAUGAAAGUAAUAGAUUUACCAAAUUUUAAAGUAUUCUUUAGUAUUCUAAGUUAAUCUAGUUUGUUAAAUUUGGUUUGGUUUUCUUCCCUUUUGCAAAUGAAAAAAAUUGAACAUAUAAACCUUAUUAAAUAGUGAUUUCAUUUUGAUAUAGUGCAGAAUAGAAAAGCCCACAGAAAGUAAAAAAUAAAAAAUCAGGAUUCCAUGGUUUUAAAAAAAUUUAGCCUCUGAUUUUGAAAUGUAAAAUGUAUUUUUGCUAAAUGACCAUUUUUCUAUCUUAAAAAACAUCCAUUCUAGUAGAGUCACCAAUUACUGAAACACCCUUCUAAACCAAAAACAAACAAAAAACCCAAGGUGAUAUAUAAGUUCAUAUUUUUCAUAUGCAACCUGAUACAUGCUUCAUCAAAUCAGAGAAACUAUCCUUUUCAACCUGAUACAUGCUUCAUCAAAUCAGAGAAACUAUCCUUUUCACUAGACAAAUCAUUGAAUAACGUAAAUUUUGUCCAUUGGUGACGCCUUGUCUUAAAAAGUUUAUAUGGUCUCCUAAAAUAUUUUGGCUGUAUAGUUUUGGUGUUUGUCUUAGAGGAUUCUUCAGCAGGAAGUGAUUUAUUCUUUACUGUUUUGUGAGGUAAUUCUGGUUUUGAAAAUAUGUAUAAGCUAAAAACAGUAUUUUAUUGAGAUCAGUAGUUACUGUGUCCAUCAACUAUAAAAUCAAGGGCCAGCAGAGAACUUUAAAACUUUUAAGCCGUGUAUAGAACGGUUUUGUGUAGCAUUGAAAUAUUCUGUCAGUUUUGUAAGUUACUAUAAAUGAGUAUCAGUUUGAAGGUAUUUUUGUAUUAAAAGUUGACCGUUAAAGAACAUAAGUGGAUGAUGGCAUUUGGGGCCAAUAGUGAAAGUAUAUUUCCUUUAAAAUAUUUCCCUAAGCAGUGAUAUACAUGGUUAUUUUAUUAGGGUAUUUAUAUCUGUUCUGUAUUUCUCUGUGAACCAAUGUUCUAGUCUUUGGUUUUUUUCAUUUUUAUUUAUUUAUUUUUUUGUAUCACCAUGAUGUGAGGGGAAGGCCAGAAAUAGAAACUAAAUUGCACAAAAUUGACAUUGUUAAAUACAAGAACAUAUAGGUGCUUACCUUUUAAGAGGGUCUGUAAAUACAUAAGGUUUUCAUAAUACCUAUACAUGGUAAAUGGUGUACAUAUACAGAUGCUUAUGGUCCAUAAAUUUUUUUAUACCACUUAGAAUUAUCUUGGAUCUUUGUUCAAUAACAGGCUAAUUCCUUUUCUCUGUUAAUUCUCUAGUGACCAAAUACUAACAUUUAUUAUACCCUGGUGGAGUACUGAGGAGUGUGCUCUGGGAUGGGGAAUUGAAUUUUGAAUGAAAAAAAAGAGGGAAAGAAAAGUAUUAAAACAAAACAACACACAAUGUUGUUUUCUUAGCCAUUUUGAUUGGCCAUUUGAAGAGCCCACAAGACAUUCCUGCUUAACAUUAUUUCCAGUGAAAUAAAGCAAAUAUGUUUUAGUGGCCUAAGGCUAACUUUUGUUCCAUUGAUAACAGGGAUGGUAUAAGCACUGCUUUUAACAGAAAAGUGAGUUCUCUAGAGUGUUAUUUUUUUGGCCAACUUUUUUUCACCCGUAACUUCUGUUGAUACCUUUUUGUUUUAUAAGGUUGAAAUAGGACAAUGCUUAUCUCAACCAUAUUAUUCAUCUGCAGAAUUAAGGUAUGCAACCAAUUGAUAAAAGACAAAUCUUUUAAGUUGUCAUUCUCAACUUUUAAGUUAGGUAUAAGCUAGUUAGUAGUAAUAUAUUGGUUUACAAAGAGGUUUUCUUGGGAAGGAUUUUGGUUUCGUGAUGUGUUUGUGAAUUAGGGAAUAGAUGUUAAUCAUUAUUUUAAAGAUAAGUGAUUUGUACAUGGUUAGUUACAAAUAAAACUGGCACUAGAACCCGGG